AUGGCGAGCAUCACCACCAACGCCUCCAUCGCCUCUUUUGGCGGCCGCUUCCUCAAGCUCACCCAUCAGUCCUCCGUCACCGGCGGCCCCAUGAACUUCACCCUCUUCCUGCCCGCCGGCAUCUCCGAGUCCGAACCCGCGCCGCUGCUCAUCUACCUCUCCGGCCUGACCUGCACCCCCGACAACGUCACCGAGAAGGGCUUCCUGCACGCCCACGCCGCGCCCCUCAAGCUCGCGCUUCUGUAUCCCGACACGUCGCCCCGAGGCACGAAUCACCCCGGCGAGCACGAUUCCUGGGACUUUGGCAGCGCUGCGUCGUUUUACAUUGAUGCUACCCAGGAGCCGUGGGCGCAAAACUACAAGAUGGAGACGUACAUCACCAAGGAGCUGCCCGAGCUCGUCUUUUCGCAGUUUAAGCAGCUGGAUCCGCAGCGUGUGUCUAUUGCGGGCCACUCUAUGGGCGGCCAUGGAGCUUUGACGCUGUUUUUGAAGAAUCCUGGCAAGUAUAAGAGUGUCAGCGCGUUCUCGCCCGUUUCAAACCCGAGUGCGUGUCCGUGGGGAGAGAAGGCGUUUACCGGAUAUCUAGGGGCCGACAAGGAGGAGUGGAAAAAGCAUGAUGCGACGGAGCUAGUGAAGCACUGGAAGGGAUAUCUGAAUGCUCUGCUUGACGUGGGCACCGCCGACAACUUUUACAAGCAGAGACAGCUUCUGCCCGAGAACUUUGCAGAGGCCACCAAGGCUGCGGGCAUCGAGGGCCUGCAACUACGAUACCAAGACGGCUAUGACCACUCAUACUUCUUCAUCUCAACCUUUGGCGAGGACCAUAUUAAGCACCAUGCCAAGCAUCUGGGUUUGUUGUAA